AUGGUGCUGCCACAACUGAAAAGACGGAUUUGUAAAACCUUGAGUCUAGAAACCUAUUUGGUUCUGUUUGGAAUCACUUCCCUAAUCAUCUAUUUCUAUAUACUUCAUUCGGACAUUGAAAAGGGAGGAUGGUCGGUUGCGGACGAUGCAUCCUUGACACCAGAUCCGCUGCUAAAAUUCGAGGCUCGUGUGCAGGAGAAAUGCCUAAGUGAAAAAGUGGAAAAGUCACCCAACCCUUUGCUGAAUCUAACCAUUGUGGAGGGGGAUGAAGAUCCGCUCAACUCGCUGGGUAUUGUACGCAAUAAACAGGAUAAAUAUAUACGUGAUAUUGGCUAUAAGCAGCAUGCCUUCAAUGCAUUGGUCUCGAACAAUAUUGGUCUAACCCGACCGGUUCCCGAUACAAGGCAUAAAGUAUGUCCCCGUGCCGCAACCGAGAGAUCUGAAAUACUGCCAACGGCUUCCAUUGUAAUGUGUUUUUAUAAUGAACACAAAAUGACCCUAUUCCGUUCCAUAAAAUCGGUCAUAGAUCGUACACCCGCCUGGCUGCUAAAGGAGAUAAUACUGGUGGAUGAUUAUAGCGAUCUUCCGGAGUUGGAAUUCCAUUUGGUGGCGGAGUUACAUUCCCAAAUGAAAUAUGAUAAUCUGCAUUAUAUUCGCAAUACGAAACGAGAGGGUCUUAUACGGUCGCGGGUGAUAGGGGCCCGUGAGGCUAAGGGUGAUGUGAUUAUCUUUUUGGAUUCCCACAUAGAAGUUAAUCAACAAUGGGCCGAGCCAUUGUUGCGUUUGAUACGUGACGAAAAUUCCACCUUGGCUGUGCCAGUUAUUGAUCUAAUCAAUCCCGAUACAUUCCAGUAUACCUCAAGUCCUCUGGUGCGUGGAGGUUUCAACUGGGGUCUACACUACAAGUGGGAGAAUUUGCCGGAUGGUACCCUCAAGGAUCAGGAGGAUUUUAAGGGACCCUUUAAGUCCCCCACCAUGGCCGGUGGGCUAUUUGCCGUCAAUCGCAAAUAUUUCGAUUACAUUGGCAGCUAUGACAUGGGCAUGGAUAUAUGGGGUGGUGAGAAUCUGGAAAUCUCUUUUCGUGUCUGGCAAUGUGGUGGUGCUAUUAAAAUUGUACCCUGCUCCCGAGUUGGUCACAUCUUUCGCAAACGCAGACCCUACUCCGCCCCUGAUGGUACCAAUACCAUGCUAAAAAACUCCCUACGUUUGGCCCAUGUCUGGAUGGAUGAUUACAAACGUUUCUAUUUGAUACAUGAAAAAGUAUCACCCAGCUAUGAUUAUGGAGAUAUCAGUGAACGCCUAGCUCUACGAGAGAAGCUCCAAUGUAAAUCCUUCGAUUGGUAUUUGAAAAAUGUCUAUCCCGAGCUAAGAAUACCCGGCGAAGAAAUCAUUAAAAGUGAUCAAAAACAGCAGCUACCCGUAUUCCAACCAUGGCACUCCCGCAAACGCAACUACAUUUCCACCUACAUGUUAAGACUCUCAGGAACCAAUUUGUGUGCCUCAGUGGUGGCACCCAAAGUUAAAGGCUUUUGGAAAAAAGGCAGCUCUUUAGUUUUAGAAAAAUGUGAACAGGGACGCAAUCAGCUAUGGCAUGAAACCGAUAAAUCUGAACUCGUUCUCGAUCGCCUGCUGUGUCUGGAGGCGAAUGGUGAUAGCCAGGUUGUGAUAAAUAAAUGCCACGAAAUGUUGGGCGAUCAACAGUGGCGUCAUACCAAAAACGAACGUAGCCCCAUUUACAACAUGGCGACGGGUACAUGUUUGAGGGCCGAUAAACCUCAGGCCGGUGCCGCUUUACAAAUGGAUUUGUGUGCCAAACACGAAUCGAGUGCAUGGGAUAUUGUUGAGGUUCUGAAUACAUAG